UUGCCUGGGCAGCCCCAAGGCUUCUUUUUCCACCGUGACUCCCAGAGCCCUCUGAAACAAAAGACCAGAGGGGGACUCUCCAUCUACCAGUUGGACGCCUCCUUCCCAUCGCCAGUCCCCACCCCUGUCUGUUCCUGUCCAGGAAAGGGCUGGAGGAAGAGGCCAGAGAAACAGCCCUGGCCUCUCUCCCCAGUCGCUCCAUCCACUCAGCGUCGGCAUCUGGAAACCCCAUGGCUCGGGCUCACUGGGGCUGCUGCCCUUGGCUUGUCCUCUUCUGUGCUUAUGCCUGGAGCCACCCAAUACCAGGGGACCUUGCUAGAGAAGAUGUGAGAAACUGUUCAACUAGCCCUCCGUACCUUCCAGUUACUGCAGUCAAUACCACAGUGCGACUGACAGCCCUCCGCCAGCAGAUACAGGCCUGGAAUCUCUCUGCCUACAUCAUCCCAGACACAGAUGCCCACAUGAGUGAGUACAUUGGCAGACAUGAUGAGAGGCGUGCAUGGAUCACAGGCUUCACAGGGACUGCAGGUAUUGCAGUGGUGACCCUGAGGAAAGCAGCUGUCUGGACCGACAGUCGCUACUGGACUCAGGCUGAGCGGCAGAUGGACUGCAACUGGGAGCUCCAUAAAGAAGUUGGUAUCACUCCCAUUGUCACCUGGCUCCUCGCUGAGAUUCCUUCUGGAGAGAGUGUGGGCUUCGACCCUUUCCUCUUCUCUAUUGACUCCUGGGAGAGUUAUGACCAGGCCCUCCAAGGCUCCAACAGACAGCUGGUGUCCAUUACAGACAACCUUGUGGACCUGGUAUGGGGAUCAGAAAGGCCCCCAGCACCAAGCCAACCUAUUUAUGCACUGCAGGAGGCAUUCACAGGGAGCACUUGGCAGGAGAAAGUAUCUGGCAUCCGAAGCCAGAUGCAGAUGCAUAGUGAGGCACCAACUGCUGUUCUUCUGUCGGCGCUUGAUGAGACGGCCUGGCUCUUCAACCUUCGCAGCAGUGACAUCCCCUAUAACCCAUUCUUCUAUUCCUACACACUGCUCACGGACUCCUUCAUCAGGUUAUUUGUAAACAAGAGUCGCUUUAGCUCUGAGACUCUGCAGUACCUGAAUUCCAGCUGCACAGACCCCUUGUGUGUGCAACUCGAGGACUACAAUGAAGUCCGUGGCAGCGUCAAGGACUAUGCCUUAGGAGAUGUGAAGAUCUGGAUUGGGACCAGCUAUACCACGUAUGGGCUCUAUGAAGUGAUACCUGAGGAGAAACUCGUGGCAGACACCUACUCCCCAGUGAUGGUGACUAAGGCAGUGAAGAACAGUAAGGAGCAGGCACUCCUCAAGGCCAGCCAUGUUCGAGACGCUGUGGCUGUGAUCCGGUACUUGGUCUGGCUGGAGAAGAAUGUGCCCAAAGGCACAGUGGACGAGUUCUCUGGGGCAGAGCUCGUGGACAAGUUCCGAGGAGAAGAAGAGUUCUCCUCUGGACCCAGUUUCCAAACCAUCUCUGCUAGUGGUCUGAAUGCUGCCCUGGCCCACUACAGCCCAACGAAGGAGCUGCAUCGCAAGCUGUCCUCAGAUGAGAUGUACCUGCUGGAUUCUGGGGGACAAUACUGGGAUGGUACCACAGAUAUCACCAGAACAGUCCACUGGGGCACCCCCUCUGCCUUCCAAAAGGAGGCAUAUACCCGGGUGUUGAUGGGAAACAUCGAUCUAUCCAGACUCAUCUUUCCUGCUGCUACAUCAGGGCGAAUGGUGGAAGCCUUUGCCCGCAGAGCCUUGUGGGAAGUUGGCCUCAAUUAUGGUCAUGGGACAGGCCAUGGCAUUGGCAACUUCUUGUGUGUGCAUGAGUGGCCAGUGGGAUUCCAGUCUAACAACAUUGCCAUGGCCAAGGGCAUGUUCACUUCCAUAGAACCUGGGUACUAUCAGGAUGGAGAAUUUGGGAUCCGUCUCGAAGAUGUGGCCCUUGUAGUGGAAGCAAAGACCAAGUACCCAGGGACUUACCUGACCUUCGAAGUGGUGUCCUUCGUGCCCUAUGACCGAAACCUCAUUGAUGUCAGCCUGCUGUCCCCUGAGCAGCUCCAGUACCUGAAUCACUAUUACCAGACCAUCCGGGAGAAGGUAGCCCCGGAGCUACAGAGUCGCCAGAUGUUGGAAGAGUUGGCCUGGCUGCAGCAGCACACAGAGCCCCUGUCUGCCAGGGCCCCACAUUCCACUUCCUUGGCCUCUGUUUUGCUAGCUGCCACUCUUGCCUUCCUCAACUGGAAUAGCUAGAGGCUCCUGACUCCCCAGCUGACCCUCCACCUUGACGUGGGACUCACUCACUUGGCUCCCCUCCCCCUGUACCACACAAGCCCCAAGAGUACUGCUGGCACAUCACCUAAAAACCGCUGCCCUCGGCCUCCUCUGGGACCAGACCCCAGGCAGCACACGUACACCCUUCCCCAGCAUAUACAUGUCAUCCUGGACCCCUAGUUUGGGAUACCAGAGCCAACUAUGCUUUCCCUCCUGUGAACCCAGCCUGCUACAGCUACUUCCUCUCCCGCAAAAUGAAAAAAAAAAAAAAAACAAAACAGGCAGUGCCCCUACUCCCAGGAGCUCUAUGACCUGGCGAGAACCCCACCCCAUUGCCACCUAGUAGAGGUUGCCAGAGCUGCUGCCACCCACAAGGCUCCUGAAAUUUUGGCUUUUCCAUACCUUUAAGGCUGCCUCUGGCCACCCCCACCUGUCCCUAGCCCCACAAUGGCCUUCUGACUAUAGCCCUUAGGGCUAAAGGAGCAGGACUCCCCCAGGCUAAUCGCUGUACCUUAGAGGAAGACAAAGGGAGAGUGACUGAGUCAUCUGGUUGCCAAGAGCCACCUAGGAUUGGGGAGAACAUUCUAGUCGGAGACAGGGUAAGCCUGGAGCCAGAGACCAGUCAGGAGCACACACCAGCCCCCUCCACACACACAUAGGAGCCCAUUGCUCCCAAACCCCAAGUGCACUCUAUGCCAAGUGACAGCAGGGGGAGUGAAAGUGUAGGAAUUUGACUAUGGAGUAGAAGGGACUGUGACAGGGUGCUCUAGAAUAUGGUGCUACCAGAGCUCAGGAAACAAUGUCACUAUCUCAGGUUUCCCUGGCAUACAAGGAGCCCUUUUAACUUUCUAAAAUGCAGCCACAGUGGCAAUGCAAUUAAAUUCUCCCACAUCCAUGGAUGGCCCUUAACCGCAGGUGGGUAGAGUCUGGUUUCUCUAUUUCACGGACAGUAAAACUGAGCUUAGUACAGGAGGUGGUCCCUGCUUGAGGACCUGCAACACAUGGUUGGGCGGUGGUGGGGAGAUGGCCUGCAAUCCAGCUCUGUUGCCUUUCAGGACCAUGCAGCUUCUCUUAGCCUGCCUCCCAGUCCCCUCCCCAUUGGCUGAGCCCACUGGUGAGAAGAGCUUUCUCUGUCCUCAGUCAGCCGUUAGCCACCUGGGCUCACAUCCUGCUAGAUGCUUAAAACAGCCUUGCAAAGAUGCCUGCCUCUGGUUUUGUAUUGUGUCUGCUGUGUUGCUGAAGGCUGCUGUUACCUGUGGCUUUUGUGGUGGGGGAGGAAGUGGAGAGGUUGAGGUGGGGGUGGGGACAUGAGGCUCCCAGAAGCUCAGUGGGGGAGCAUAUGGGCUUGAGAAUGUGCACGUGAGCAUGCGUGUGAGUAUGCUCCUGAAUGUGUAUGCGCAUGCUCUCCCUGCCUAGCCAGCUGCCUCCAGCCUGUGCUAGAGGUGCAGAGGGGGCAGAGGGGAGAAUCAUGCUGGGAACUUGUCAAAUAUGAGCCAGAAAAUUUGGGACCAGCACCUGUGACCAGAACACAGUCAGGAUGGUGGGGAGGUGAGAACCAGGGCUCUGGGGACAGGGUGCUGGGCAAAGGCACCAGGCCAAGAAGUUGCUCAGCCUGGCAGCACAAGGUAACGUGAGGAUGACUAUGAUAGUCAUCACCAAAUCUGGCAUUGUAAUGUCAGAGGUCAGACCCACCCUCACUGAGAGCCUGCAGCACCCAGCAGUGGGCCUCUGUUUGCUGGGUCCUUUCCUCUCUCACCUACUUACUGCACACACAGCUACUACUAAUAAAAUUAAAGUCUUCUCCA